GUCUCCCCUUUGAUCCCGCCACUGGGUAUAAAUGCGGCAGCAACGGGGAUCCAACCAGAACGAGUGGAGCGCAGGGCGAGAGACGCAAGUGCGUGGUGGAACGCGAGUAGAGACGUGUGUAUAUAGAUAAAUAAACGACCGCAUAGCCUCGCAAGUAAAUGAAAUAAAAUUUAAAAAAAGACCCCAACCGCUAUUCGCCUCCUGCCCUGGCCGCUAGUUCAAAUAUUGCGCGUAAACGCGGUCGCGCAGCCCACAGUGCCGAGAGCUCGCAACAGGUGACUGCUGCUCGCGUCUGACUCCGUUCGUGUCCCCCCCCACCACCACCACCACCACCUUCUCUCCGUGCGCUCAGUCACUGGAGGAGCUCAGACAGCCUCCUCGUCUUGUUCCGCGUCUCUGUUCGCGGCGUGCGAGCCCUUUACGCCUCUCCCCGUAGCAGUCGUGAACGACGGCAAGAGCGCACGUUUUUAGCGCUUUUAUACAAUUUUAAACCUUCCGAGGCUUCGUGCGCUCCCCAGAACUCGUUCGUCUUCGUGCAGAGACGCAGAUACGCAGAGAGAUACCGGCAGCAGAAAGAGAGAGAGAGAUAAUAACAGAGAGGCAAGAAACAGAGAUCUACAACACACCGGGGCCGUCGAGAAGACAUCGACCAGCCUUCCCUCUCGAUCACACUCUCACGCUCUCUCACGCCGACCCCCGAAAGAAAAGCAGCGAUGAGUGACGCAGCGGCGAGGGUGGCGAUCCUGCAGCAGCCGCGCAUCUCCGCCGACGAUCUGAUGAAGAUCUGGGAAUUUUACGACAACGAUGGGAACGGAUACAUCGAGGGUAAGGAGCUGGAGGACUUCUUUCGAGAGCUGGAGCAAGCGAGGCGUGGAGCCGGAGAGGAUUCCGAAUCCUUCAGGGAGAGCAUGAAAGAAUUCAUGGAGAAAUUUGACCAAAACUCUGACGGUCGGAUCGAGUUGGCGGAGCUCGCGCAGAUCCUGCCGACCGAGGAGAACUUCCUGCUGUUUUUCCGGCAGCACGUCAAGUCCAGCGCAGAGUUCAUGGAGAUUUGGAGGCGGUACGAUUCGGACCGCAGUGGCUUCAUCGAGGCUAACGAGCUGAAGGAUUUCUUGAAAGAUCUGCUGAAGAAGGCCAACAGGGAGUUUGACGAAAAGAAGCUCAACGAGUACACCCAGACGACGCUCAAGAUGUUUGACUCCAACCGGGAUGGAAAGCUGGAGCUGUCCGAGAUGGCCAGACUUCUGCCGGUGCAGGAGAACUUCCUGCUAAAGUUCCAGGGCGUAACAAUGACAGCAAAAGAAUUCAACGACAUCUUUACGUUUUACGACAAGGACAGAAACGGAUACAUCGAUGAGGACGAACUCGAGGCUCUUCUGCGGGACCUUCACGAGAAGAACAGGAAGGAUCUGGACGCCCAGACACUAACAAGCUACAAGCGGAACAUAAUGGCACUCUCCGACCACGGGAAGCUCUACCGCAAUGACCUGGAGAUGGUCCUGUGUGUCGAGUCCUUAUGAAGCCGCUGCCGUGCACACUAACACCUGAAUCAUAACACACAGCAGACCCAUAACCAGUCAACACAGCAUGGCGCCAGCAUGCACACACACACCACGCAUUUAGCGAUGUUUGCAGACACGCAAUAACGCAAUCCGGACAUGAAUGACAUGCAUACAACAUGCACCCAUGUACAGCAACACACAAGCACAAUACAUAUACACACACACACAUGCAUUCAAAUGCAUUCAUCAUAUAUUAAAGGGGUGCGACAGUUUGAGCCAACACACACUGACGAGCAAGUCAGCCGCUCACCAACAGGCACAAGCACAUUGUCACACGCACCAUGAACAGCGAUCACUGGCAUUCACCACGACACACACACAGAACAUAUGGGAGACAACACACACACACAGCACUUAAAGGCACACAGGCCAGUCUUCAGCACAAACUCGCGCUCCACAGAGCGGAAUCUGCUUAACCUUGCGUACUUGGUCAGAUAUUCCAAAGGGCACUGCACGGCCACCGUUACAAGGAGUUAAACCAAAGUGAUUGCAAACAGGCCUUCAAGUUGCAUUAUUUUUGUUAAACAACAGACUGGCAAGACAUUAAGCAGGUUCUAUUGCAUUUACAGGCACGCAACCAAUACAUCCAUUCACUUCCCAUUUGACAAAACAAAUCCCCAAAAGGUAUCGGUUAAUCUUGGCAGGAGUGGGAGUGAACACAGCAACGUACUGGACAUUGAGGAUUCUGAGACUUGAUGUUACACCUCUAUGGGCCCCCACCUGGCCUCAAUACAGAAAUAGACAAUAGCAAACAGUCCUCCACUUCUAGAUGGUGCACUGCCGUGUGAACAUCCCGACGCCUCUAUGUACUAUCACAGAACUUAAACAAGCAGCACAGGAGUGGGUAUUCUUCAGAGAAGCCCAUCAUUACAUGUUUGGGGGGGGGGGGGGUGGUUCAUUUUUGUUGGUGUUGUUGAAUUUGACAAUACCGUACAUUCACAACUCCAGGUGAAACGUGUUCUUAGAAAGUGAAAACUCGCUUCUAUAGAUUGGCAAUUGCUCGCCUCUGCGUCACCCGUGGCUGUAGCUGGAUUUUCCCACUCCCAGAGAGAGACAUCUUUUUGGCACCAAAGGCCGGACCUGCCGUGCCAAGACUACGGGGAUUGCUUGUUUGUAGCUCACCAAUGACCAUGACACAAUCCCCCUUCCUUUCUGGGAGAUGGCUCCAAUUUCUCAGCUGUGGUUUACCGGUCUCUCUAAGGUUCAAAGCAGGUUUGGGCAUCUCUGAGCUUUAGAUCAUGAUGCCACGACCGGCUGUGCAGUUCCAGUGCUGCCUGGGCUCGUUCAAAGUGCGCUGAAUAGCUAAGGUUUGUGUUGCUAUGUGACUUAUUUUUGACCACCGUACAAAAAAAAGGGGGGAGAGACGAAAAAAGGAGAUACCUUAUUAUAUUUUAGGCACACAAUUAUUCAACGUGUUUGUGGCGUUGUGCGUUUUUGAAGUGUGUAAAUGUUAACGAUCUUCGAGGUCCUAGUAUAUUGUACUCGGUUCCUAUAGAAAACUGCUUGGAUUGUCUAUUAACACAAAACCCUUCCCACAUGAGUACAAAUCAUUUCCAGUUGUUCAAUCCUUUUACAAAUAAUAAUCUUUAUUUUAACAUAUCGGAGCAGCAUUUACACUGUUGGUAUGUUUGUUUGCCGUGUGUUGAUUUCACUGUGUUUAAUCCUGCGUUGAAGUCCUAGUAAAGAAUCAUACCCUGUGCUGCAUCUUGCAUCUACAGUGCGCUGUUAACGCAAGCACCGUUUUUAGUCUGAGAAUAAUAAAUUAAGUUGACAGAUGUGUCUAA